CUCAUCGCUCUAUCUCUCUCUGGCGAAUACCUAAUCGCCGCAGCUGGUGUAGUUUUGCUGGAGUCGCUUCAGUUCGCGUUCGAAUUUUGUUGACACAAAUUGACAUACAAAAGGAAAAUAUACGAAAAAGGCACAAGCAAAUUGUGGAAAAAAAACUCAUAAAACAUAAAGGAAGAAAAAUAGGUGUGACAGCGCGUUGUGGAAAGUACAUAAUAUUUUAGUAUAAUUGUGCGAAAAUCCUGCAAUUGUGUGUUAGAAAAGCGUUAAAAUAGUGGUAACGCGAGAAAAUUUCGCAGCAUGCAAAGCCCGAGAACGAAUGCUGUCAAUGGAGCAAUACAAUCGCUGCCCAGUACACUGGCGCAAUUGGCGUUGAGGGAUAAACAGCCUCCGCAGUUGCCACAAACACAGCCGCCAAGCGUGCUUAACAAGAGUCAUCUACUAGAAGGCUCAUCGUCCACCAAUGGAGGUGGCGGUGCAGUGGGUGCCAAUAUUGGCAACAAUGCAGCUGCAAGCGGUGCUGCCGAUUCGAACAAAGUGACCACCGAGUUGCAGGAGAAGGAAAACCAAAACCAGCUACAGCAGAAGCAGAAACCGCCACUGCCUGUGCGCAACAAACCAAUGGAAAUAGCGGGUUAUGUCGGCUUCGCCAAUCUGCCAAAUCAAGUGUAUCGCAAAGCGGUAAAACGCGGCUUCGAGUUCACACUGAUGGUUGUGGGUGCGAGUGGUUUAGGCAAGUCGACACUUAUCAACUCCAUGUUCUUAGCUGACAUCUACAAUGCGGAACAAUAUCCUGGUCCGUCGCUACGUCGCAAAAAGACUGUUGCCGUUGAGGCUACAAAGGUACUGCUCAAAGAGAAUGGCGUCAAUCUAACGCUGACUGUUGUGGACACACCUGGUUUUGGUGACGCUGUCGAUAACACAAAUUGCUGGGUACCUAUACUCGAAUAUGUAGACAGCAAGUAUGAAGAAUAUUUGACGGCUGAGUCACGCGUCUACCGCAAACAGAUACCAGAUAACCGAGUACAUUGCUGUUUGUAUUUCAUUGCGCCAUCCGGCCAUGGACUGCGACCAUUGGACAUUGCUUGCAUGCAGAGUCUCUCCGACAAAGUGAAUCUGGUGCCAAUCAUUGCCAAAGCUGACACAAUGACACCAGACGAGGUGCAUCUCUUCAAAAAACAGAUCCUCAAUGAAAUUGCCCAGCACAAAAUUAAGAUCUACGAUUUCCCCUCAACCAUUGAAGACGCUGCCGAAGAAGCAAAGACUACACAAAAUCUACGCGUACGCGUUCCUUUCGCUGUUGUUGGUGCCAACUCCAUAAUCGAAAUGGAUGGCAAAAAAAUUCGCGGUCGCCGCUAUCCAUGGGGUUUGGUAGAGGUGGAAAAUCUGGGUCACUGCGAUUUUAUUGCGCUACGCAACAUGGUCAUACGCACACAUUUACAGGAUCUAAAGGAUGUUACCAACAAUGUGCACUACGAGAACUACCGGUGCCGCAAAUUAUCCGAGCUAGGACUAGUCGAUGGAAAAGCCCGUCUUUCCAACAAGAAUCCUCUGACACAAAUGGAAGAAGAGAAACGCGAGCACGAGUUGAAGAUGAAGAAAAUGGAAGCGGAAAUGGAGCAGGUCUUCGAUAUGAAGGUGAAAGAAAAAAUGCAGAAGUUGAAGGACUCUGAAUUGGAGUUAGCGCGACGUCAUGAAGAACGAAAGAAGGCACUGGAAUUGCAAGUACGUGAGUUGGAGGAGAAGCGGCGUGAAUUUGAACGCGAGAAGAAGGAGUGGGAGGAAGCUAAUCAUAUCACACUUGAGGAAUUGAAACGACGCAGUCUUGGCGCGAAUAGCAGCAGCGAUAAUGUUGAUGGCAAGAAGGAAAAGAAAAAAAAGGGACUGUUCUAAAUUUUUAAAAUUAAUCCUAGAAACAGUAUUUGAGUAACUAGAACACACAAAGAAGCAAAAUUAAAGUUAAAUAAAUUCAAAGCGACGCGAAAGCGGCCACAUGAAGCAGGUGGCGUUGGGAA